AUGGGCGGCGCGCACGGGUGCCAAAGCGCCCCGGCGCUAAGACCUGCGAGGCGAAGAGAGGAGCGCAGCGAGGACGUCAGGCGGCCGCGUCGUUGGGUCGGCAGCUCCUCCUCCGGCUGCUCCGCCGUCAUCAGCCUUCCCGGCGGGGCGGAGGCGCCGUUGUUCCCCGCCGCCGCGAGCUUGGGGUCGGGCGAGAGGGAUCCGCGCUGCGCCCUGGAGAGAGGUACGGUGGAACCGGUGGAGAGGCGUUUCGGGGUGCGCUCGUGGCGCACGGAGUGCGCGCGGCUUCGCGGCCCGAUCCGGAAGCUCUUUACUCUGGAGUAAACCCAAAGGGUCUCCAGUGAGAGGCUGGCUCCCGAGCAGAUGUCUGCCUUGCGUUUUGCAGGGGCUGAAGGUGUUUUUUUUGGGGGGGGGGAGCAACCUUUAAUGGUGCGUUUCGAUCAGGCAUGUUUACGCAGAGAGAAGCCCCACUGGACUUACUCCCGUGUACGCCCACCGGAUUCAAGGAGUCUUUGUUCCAGGUAUAAGAAGAUGCAUAGGAACCAACUCCUAAGGGCCAAGGUCCUUUUGGCCCCCCUAAAAUAUUUGAGAGGGCUGGCUGGGACCCCCCCUCCAAAGUUGAUGGGCAUUGUCAUUCAAAUUGUGUAUGCCCGCCACGUCUGGGCGGGGCUUACUUGAGCCCCCCCCCAUAUUUUAUUCAAAUUGGCUCCUCUGAAAGGCAAUCCUAUCUAUGGAGGAGCAAAGCAUGGGCUGGCGGGGGGGGGGGGGCGGGGCGGUGGCAAGGCAAAGCAGCUUGAGGUCUCAGUUGGUUACUUCUGAGCAAUCUGCAUAAGUUGGUGAUGAUGAUUAGAAUUUAUAUACCGCCCUAUACCCAGGGGUUGCAGGGUGGUUCACAAAAUAAAAUCAAGAUAUAAAAUCACAAAAUACAUAAUAAAAAUAAAAACAACAACCCAAUACCCCCCCCCAUUUACAUUGCACUGUAAAUCCCACUAGCAUGCCUAGUGUUGCAGUCUCUAAAUUGGGUUCCUUUCAGGUUAACCUUAGGGGGUGCAUCCAAUUUAAGUUAUGCUCAGAGUAGACCCAUUGAAAUGAAUGGACGUCAGUUAUACCUAUCUACUGUGACUAGGACUAGCUUUGCAUGCGACCCUACCUGCUUUUAAGAAGAAAGUUACUAGUCCUCAUGGCUAAUUUAAGACUGGGUCUACUUUGAGUAAUACUUGGUUGAAUACAAUCCAGAAUCUUCUCCCUUCCCCUCCUCAUAUCUCCAUGCUAUCAGUCUUUCAGGUACCGAGACUCCCUUUGUAACCAUCUUUAAAAAGUUGCUGCUGUGAUGACCACUUUAACCCGACAGGAUCUCAACUUCGGACAAGGUACUGGCACGGUUUUUCUCCAAAUUUUUCAGAACAGAAACCUACUUUGACUCCCAGCUCUAUUAAAAAUCAAGGGGAGGGGAACCCACUUAUCAGGGCUGCAUCCAUCUCCCAGUGACCAACCUUCACCAGUAUUUUCGGUAGUGCCUUCCAAUUGCACCAAAACAAACACCACCCACUUCAUUUUUUAUUUAAUAAUUUUAUUUAAUAAUUAUAUUUUGUCCAUCUGAGGACAGUAUAAAACCACAAAAGUACAUAAUAUAAUAACAAACAACACAAUAACCCUCCACCUGUUACAUCCAUACCCUUCCCUUCCAGUUGUAGCUGAUGUCCUUUCUGAGUUCCUGGAAGUAGCCAUUCACCUCAUCCUUUAUGUCCGAGAAGUCUACCCCACCGGGAUCUUUCAGAAAAGGAAAAAAUACAAUGUACCUGUCCAGGUGAGUGAUGUGACUGUCUUUCGGGUGGACCACGCAAACAUACCUUUUAAGGUUGGCCAGUUACUCAUCAUAUCAUUUUACCGUCAUCUGAUCCCCAAUUGUUAUUAAACCGCUUUGCUGUUAAAUGCUUUGCUGAAAUAAUUAAAAAAUUUUUUUUUUUAAAUACUUUUGAGGUUUAUACAUUUCAUUAAUUUUACAAUCAUUUUAACAUUUCAAAACUUGACUUCCUUCCCCCUCUUUCUGUGGUUCCUUAAAGUUAUUUUCUAAUAACUUCUACAUAUCCAAAUUCAUUUAAUUUGCUCAUUUAUUUAUUUACUUUAAAUAUAUACUCUUAUGGAACUGCAGGUUAUUACAGAAAUCCUGGCAAUGUUUUUAUCUGUGUGCAAUUUGUAGAUAUUCAAGAAACCAUUUUCAUUCUUUUAUAAAAAGUUUGUUAUCUUGAUUUCUUAUUCUUCCGGUAAGUUUCGCCAUUUCUGCAUACAGUCAAACCUUGGUUCCUGAAUGGCUUAGUUGCCAAACAAAUCGGCUCCCAAACGCUGCAAACAUGUGUUCCAGUUUGCGGACGUUUUUCAGAAGCCGGACGUCCAACGCAGCUUCUACUUGAUGCAGGAAGCUCCUGCAGCCAAUCGGAAGCUGCACCUUGGUGUUCGAACAGUUUCGGGAGUGGAAUGGACUCCCGGAACAGAUUAAUAAUAAUAAUAAUAAUAAUAAUAAUAAUAUCUUUAUUGUCAUUGCUCCCUUCGGGGACAACGAAAUUACUUGACUGCUCCAUAAAAACACUAAUUAAUCAAUACAGUAUAAUACAGCAAGGGAGAUUAGAUGACUUUCAAAGUCCGGGCUUCCCAUUCAGGGCUGAGAUCGCUCUGGAGAAGAAGCUGUUCUUAAGACGGCUCGUUCUUGUCUUCAUCGUCCUGUAUCUCCGUCCCGACGGCAAAAGCUCGAAGAGACAGUGACCAGGAUGCGAUGGAUCUUUUACUAUGUCCAGUGCCUUCCUAUGGCACCUUGUGGCAUAAAUCUGCUCUAAGGUGGAGAGUGGGCAGCCAACAAUGCUCUCUGCUGCCUUAACAACCCUGCACAACCCCAUCCUGUCCUGGGUAGUACAGCUUCCGUACCACACACAUAAGCCAUAAGUAAGCACGCUCUCAAUGGCACAGUGAUAGAAGGCAAGCAGCAGGUUCUGCGGAAGAUGGUUUUUCCUUAGUAUUCUCAAAAGUACAGUCUCUGCUGCGCCUUCUUCACAAGCCCCCUUGUGUUGACACUCCAGGACAGAUCCUCUUGUAAUUCAAUGCCCAAAAAUCUGAACGUUGUUACCCUCUCCACACAGACCCCAUCAAUCAAAAGUGGCUGGACGUUGCUCUUCUGUCUCCUGAAGUCCACCACAAGCUCCUUUGUCUUCCUUGUAUUUAUGAGCAAGUUGUUAGCUCUGCACCACUCUGUCAGCCGCUCAAGAACCAAGGUUUUUGUAUCCAUUCUUCCUAAUGCUUUGCUGAAAUCAAGUUAAAUUAUGUCACUCGCAUUCCCCCAAUCUGCUAAUUUGUAACAUUUCUUUUAAAAAUCAGUCUGGCAGGAUUUUUCCCCCCUUGACAAAUCCAUGCAUAUUUAUAUGCAACUUGAGAUAUUUGUUUGAACAGAUGUCCUGCCACCCGGAGCUGAAUCAGUACAUCCAAGACACACUCCAUUGCAUCAAACCUUUGCUGGAGAAGGUAAGUUUUUGAUGGUCAGCACAAGAUCAGGGAAUUACUGGAACUCGGUGGUUCAUUUUAUCCAGCCCCAAGACGUUUUGGUGAUGGUAGGUAUAAUAAUAUUGGACCAAUGUAACUGGGUAUGGGUGUACGCAGACUUUGGUGUUGCACAGAGCUCUUCCACAAACAGACUCGAAGUAAGGAAAAAACAAGUUCUUGUGCUCUGCUGCUUUUCAGAAUGACGUGGAAAAAGUGGUGGUGGUCAUUCUGGACAAGGAGCACCAUCCUGUGGAGAGAUUUGUCUUUGAAAUCACGCAGCCACCCCUGCUGUCUAUCAGGUGAGGCCUUUCUGCCCCCAAAAGGCUGUACCAAACUUUGCAGAGGCAGUGUGGUGUAGUGGGUAGAGCUUUGUGGCUUGGUGGUGAUUUGAACCUGGAUCUCCCCGGCGCUGAUCCAAUGCUCUAACCACUGCAGCAUGUUGUCUCUCAUCACAUGCCUGUAUUGAACUAACCACACACUCUUCCAACAUCCUGCUUGUGGACAAAGCACCUAAAGGAAAACCUGAAUGGAGCAGUCUUAUUAAUCUGCCUUUCAGAACACGGGUAACUCCAACUCCCAUCCCCACUGGCCAUGUUGGAAGAGGCUGAGGGGGCUUUUGAACCAAACAAUGUUCUCCCCACUCCUGCCUUUACUGCCCCUGGCUGCCCCCAUCACAUCUCUGCUUCCUCUUAAUGUAGAGAUGGGGCAGCUGUGGCCCUCUAGAUAUUGCAAAACUCCAACUCCCAUCAUCCCCCACCUUUGGCCAUGUUGGCGGAAGCUGUUGAGAGCUUCAGUCCAGCAACGUCCCUGACUUAAGAAUCUCCACUGUAGAGCUGUUUUCAGAGUGGAGGCUUCCCCACUGCGGGGGGCAGCACAUUUGGAAACUUAAAGAGCUGUUACGCACAUUUCACCUUCUCUCCCAAUAGGCAAAACAUCUACAUCUCCAAAAACCAAAACACAGAUAAACAACAAAACAACAAAAACAGGCAGUGCUGCUCUGGAAAAAAAAAACCCCCAAAAAACUUGUCUUAAAAAGAAUCUUCCCCCAAAGACCCCCUCCCCAAAGGGGGGCGGGCUGAAUGGCUGGUGCCAAGGUUGUGUGUUUCUGACAGUUUUGAGAUGCCCACAAGAGUUAUUUUGAGGACCCCACCUUUUUUCAGAUUCCCUGUGGUUUAGUUAAUCAAAGUGUCGUAUUUUUUGCUCCAUAAGACACACCUGACGAUAAGACGCACCUAGUUUUUAGAGGAGGAAAACAAGGAAAAAAAUAUUCUGAUCGAAACAGUGGAUGUAUGAUUUUUGUGGUUCAUGCUGUGGCCACAGACAUGAUAUGUGAUUUGACAGUGAGUUUGGGGUAGCCCAAUGCAAAAAUCCUGAGAAUCCAUGUGGAUCUGUGCUUUGUAACCACGUUUUUGCGCCAUUGCGCCCCCACGAAACAGUGGAUGUGUAGUUUUUUUGGUGCAGGCUGUAGCCAUGGAUAUGCUAUGCGAUCUGAUGGUGAAGUUGGGGUGACCCAAUACAAAAAUCCUGAGGAUCUACGUGCUUUUACCUUCCCCCUCCCAGGCAGCCUCCUUUAUCGCUAGCCUCCCUUAUCUCCCUCCUGAUCACUUGCCGAUCAGCUGCUCAGCGGCUUUGUUUCAACACCCCCUUCCUUCUUGUUUGCCUUAGCGUCUUUUCCUUAGCUGGCGCAGUUUUUUGUUCCUCCUUUUCUUCCAAUUUCUCUCCUCAUUGUUUGUUUUAGUAUUCCUGUCUCCUCUCCUUGCAAGUUCGCUGUCUUUACCUCCCCCCUCCCAGGCAGCCUCCUUUAUUGCUAGCGUCCCUUAUCUCCCUCCCGAUCGCUUGCCAAUCAUCUGCUCAUCAGCUUCGUUUCAACACCCCCUUCCCUCUUUCUUAAAAAAAAACAAAAAAACCAUGAUCUUCUUUUUGCCCCUAGGCAGGGACCACGCAUUCGCUCCAUAAGACGCACAGACACUUCCCCUUACUUUUUAGGAGGAAAAAAGUACGUCUUAUGGAGUGAAAAAUACGGUAGCUUUUUUUAUCUAUAUAACUACAUUUCCACCAUGUGAUUGAAUUCUGCUCCGCCACCUCUUCCUUCCCCAGCUCCGACUCCCUCCUGAACCACGUGGAACAGCUUCUGCGCGCCUUCAUUUUGAAAAUUAGUGUCUGCGAUGCAGUUCUGAACAACAACCCUCCAGGUAGGCCAGCCAACCCUGCUUGUGUUUCCAAGUUAGCUUGUUUAGAUUUUUUGAGCCUGUUUUCCUCCUCCUCAAAUGCAAGACACAAACCAUAGGCAUGAUUUAAAUUCCAUAAAACCAGCUGGUGUUGUUUUCUUUCUUGUUACUUACCUGCCCUGCAAGCUGUCUCAACCAUUGGCUGGAGCUGCUGUGAUGUCACAGCCAAACGAUCUUGAGAUGGUGAAAUAUUCUGCUAGGUGAAUAUUUAUUAGAACUAAGCAGUCUGAACAUUCUGGCGUGUGCUACCCCAAAUUAAACUUUCCUUUUAAAGCAGAGAGAUCAAGACAAGAAAAUGCCCGUUAUCUCCCAGCAAUCUUGUUCCAACCCAGAAAUUACCCUCAGGUUUUGCUCUUUUAAAGCCGUCAAACAAAUCUCUUUUGCAUCACACAAAUAAACAGAUGUUCUUCUUCUGCAGAACCUAUUUAAUUCCUUAAGGACUAGAAUGUUAUAGCUUCUUUCCUCCAGUGUGUGCUGAGAUAGUCGUUGUUCCUGAACCCAAUUCUAAUUUACGUUUUUUAUUUUUUAAAAAACCCAACCUGAUCAGAUCUAUCGCCUUUCUGUACUAUGAUCCCCACUUUAAUUGGGGGUAUACGUUCUCCCUCCUUCAACCAAUAAGCCAGUCCCUCAAAUUGCUUAGAACCUACGAUUCUCUGAUGGCUGGGAGAGGGAGAGAGAAUAUUUUGGAGAAUGCCUAGCAAUCGUGCACAAUGCUCCCUCGCUAAUUAUGAUUUAGUGCAACAGGACAGCAGCUCCUGUGGUUUCUUUCUCCCCUCUCUUCCCAGCUUUUCAUGCUCCCACCAUAGAACUGGGGAAAAAGCAGCCACUUAAUAUGGACCAACGGCUAACACUGAGCUGGCUGAGUUUCCGCCCACAGUUCACAGGGUAUAGGCACAGCUUUCAGCAUUGCUCUGUUGGCGUCCCAGGACUGUGGGCCUGCUGUAGCCUUGGAGGAUGGAGCAAGCUUGUGUUCUCCUGCUCCGGCUUCUAGUUACCAGAAAGGAGAUUCUCACUAAACACCAGAAAGACCUUUCUGUUUUGACAGUGGAACGGACUCCCCCAGGAGGUGGUGGGCUCUCCUUCCUGGGAGGUUUUUAAGCAGAGGUUGGAUGGCCAUUUGUCUUGGAUGCUUGAGCUGAGAUUCCUGCAUUGCAGGGGGUUGGACCAGGUUACCCUGGGGUCCCUUCCAAUUCUACAACUUCUAAAGAGAAACCCCUGUCUCCCCUUCCUUCUGGCUUCUAAAAAUUCCACCCUUUCUUUCUUUCUUUCUUUCUUUCUUUCUUUCUUUCUCUCCUUCCCUUUCUCUCUCUCUCUCUCUCUCUCUCUCUCCCCUCUUUCUCUCCCUCCCUCUCUCUCUCUCCCUGCCUCUUUCUUUCUUUCUUUCUUUCUUUCUCCCUCCCUCUCCCUCUCUCUCUCCCUCCCUCCCUUUCUUUCUUUCUCUCUUUUUCUUUCUUUCUCCCUCUCUCCCUCCCUCCCUUUCUUUCUCUCUCUCUCCCUGCCUCUUUCUUUCUUUCUUUCUUUCUUUCUUUCUUUCUUUCUUUCCUUCCUUUCUUUCUCCCUCCCUCUCCCUCUCCCUCUCUCCCCCUCCCUCCCUCCCUCUCUUUCUUUCUUUCUUUCUUUCUUUCUUUCUCUCUCUCUUUCUUUCUCUCUUUUUCUUUCUUUCUUUCUCUCUCUCUCCCUCCCUCCCUUUCUUUCUUUCUCUCUUUUUCUUUCUUUCUCCCUCUCUCCCUCCCUUUCUUUCUCUCUUUCUCUCUCUCCCUGCCUCUUUCUUUCUUUCUUUCUCCCUCCCUCUCCCUCUCCCUCUCCAUCUCCCUCUCCCCCUCCCUCUCUCCCCCUCCCUCUCUUUCUUUCUUUCUUUCUUUCUCUCUCUUUCUUUCUUUCUUUCUUUCUCUCUCUCUCUCCCCCUCUCCCCCUCCCUCCCUCCCUUUCUUUCUUUCUCUUUCUUUCUUUCUUUCUUUCUUUCUUUCUUUCUCUCUCUUUCUCUCUCUCUCUCUUUCUCUCUCUUCCUCCCUCCCUCCCUCCUGGAUUCUAAAGCGACAUUCCCAUCUCUCCUCCUUUUCUAAAGAUUCCAUCCCACCCACCUGUCUUCCCUUUCUUUCAGGCUGUACUUUUACCGUCUUGGUGCACACCCGAGAAGCUGCCACUCGCAACAUGGAGAAGAUCCAAGUGAUCAGGGUAGGCGGCGAUAGAAAUCGCGAGUUCUGCAGCAGGGAGGGUGCCGUGAAUCACGAGCGCCUCUCUCUUCUGCCAGGAAGCUUCUUGGAACUCCUGAAUGCCUCAGAUAUAUUUGGCGAGUCUUCCCAUCAUUUAAAUCUGUGAUGGGGAACCCUGGGCAGCUUUCUGUUUUUAUUUAUUUUUAAUUUUUAUAAUAAAUCUUUAUUGCGUUGUUUUUUAAAGUUACAAAACAAAAGAAUAAAUUAAUUGCUUCACCCAAAUAUACGAAAAGAAAAAAUGCAAAAAACCCAAAAAAACCUGAGUGGUUUCUUAUUAAUUCCGUCAUUUUGGGCAGCUUUCUGGCUGUUGAUGGGACUCCAGCUCCCAUCACCACCGGCCAGCAUGCCCAGUGGUCAGGGAUGAUGGGAGUUGGGAGCCCCUUCCUCAUUAUCUGAUUUUUAGAAGACAUCUGAAGGCAGCCCUGUUUAGGGAAGUUUCUAAUGUCUGUUUGAUCACUUUUUAAUUAUUAUUAUCAUUAAUUCUGUUGGGAGCCGCCCAGAGUGGCUGGGAAAACCCAGCCAGAUGAGUGGGGUAUAAAUAAUAAAAUUAUUAUUAUUAUUGCUCACUAGUUAUUAGCUAAAUAGUUUUGGUUCCAGCUCCUUAUCCUACUUUUAAGGCCCCUCCAGCACCCUUUAAUACUGCUUUAGAAAGCCGUAGUCUUCCCAAAGAAUUCUAGGAGCUGUAGUUUGCAGGUCUCUAUGUUUCUGUCCUGAUGAGGCCUUUUUUUGUUAACCGUUUUGAGGCUUUUCUCUACAUUCUUGUGGUAUAUAAAUUUAGUGAAGUGAAAUAAAAAUAUGAAAUAAACAAAUAAAGCGAAUUAUUCGCAUCUUUAACCCAAGGAUUUCCCCUGGAUUCUCGCCGAUGAGCAAGAUGUCCACAUGCGUGACCCUCGACUGAUCCCGCUGAAGACCAUGACGUCGGACCUUUUAAAGGCAAGUUCAGCAGGGUGCUCUUUCUUAAAAUGAAAUUUGUUUGAAGAGCGACACUUAUCCACCUUCGCCGCAUCAAGCAGUUGGUCCCUUACCUUUCCCACCCUGACCUGGCCACAGUGAUCCAUGCGAUGGUCACCUCCAGGCUAGACUACUGUAAUUCGCUCUACGCGGGGCUGCCCUUGAAGUUGUCCCAGAAACUCCAGUGGGUGCAGAAUGCUGCAGCGAGGCUCCUCACGGGGUCUCUGCCAUGGGAGCAUAUUCACCCAGUGCUUUUCCAGCUGCACUGGCUCCUGGUGGAGUACAGGGUCAGAUUUAAGGUGCUGCUUUUGACCUUUAAAGCCCUUCACGGCUUAGGACCCUCGUACCUAUGGGACCGCCUCUCCUCGUAUGCCCCCCGGAGGACCUUAAGGUCCAUAUAUAGCAACACCCUAGAGGUCUCGGGCCCUAAGGAAGUUAGAUUAGCCUCAACCAGAGCCAGGGCCUUUUCAACACUGGCUCCGGCCUGGUGGAACGCUCUGCCUCAUGAGACCAGGGCCCUGCGGGAUCUGAUUUCUUUCCGCAGGUCCUGUAAGACAGAGUUGUUUCACCUGACCUUUGGCUUGGAGCCAAUUUGAUUCCCUCCCCCUUUUUCUUUUUCUUUUCUCCUAUGAUGAGAUUGCUCCCUAAUUGUUUUAAUGUUGUAUCUUAAUCUUUUAAAUUGUAUUUUAAUCAACUUGUUUUUAUUAUUGGUUGUUACCCGCCCUGAGCCCAGUCUUGGCUGGGGAGGGCGGGGUAUAAAUAAAAAUUUAUUUUUAUUAUUAUUACCCCUCUGGGACUGUCAGGCUCCUAGAUCUGCCAACAAGGCGACCAUCUCAGGGAUGUGUACACGUGUGUGUGUGUGUGUGUGCGCGCGCAACAAGCUUCUGAGACCAUCUACACUCAGCAAACAGCUGCCCCAUCUUUUAUAGCACAUGGUUGCUUGGGAUUGGCUCUCUGGCCUCAGCUGAUCUCUGUUGCAUAUUUAGCAGAUUCAUUGCACUGCAGAAAGCAUGCUGGGGAGACCACACGUUCAGGAAACAAUGGAGAAAUGCAAAAAAUAGCUUUUGCUUGGCUUUAAUUACAAAAACAAAAACUCCUCUUACAUUAAAUCUACAAGUAUGACCCAUUCACCAGGGUAUUGAGAGAGGUACACGCUGCUCUUUAUGUACUAUGCCCAACUGCUGACACAGCUUAAUUAACACAACUUAACUGCACCUGCUAUACUGCUUCACAGCUGUAAAACUAGGUCAUGAUAUUUACUCUGGCCUUUAAAGAGAUACACAUCUUGUGAAACAAUAAUGAACCUUAAUAUUUAAAUAAACCAUGCAACAAUAUCAAGAUCAGAUAGGUAAUGUUCGCAGGUGUUUCUAAUAGAGUGGUACCUUGGGUUACAUACGCUUCAGGGUACAUACGCUUCAGGUUACAGACUCCACUAACCCAGAAAUAGUACCUCAGGUUAAGAACUUUGCUUCAGGAUGAGAACAGAAAUCGUGCUCUGGCAGCGCGGCAGCAGCAGGAGGCCCCAUUAGCUAAAGUGGUGCUUCAGGUUAAGAACAGUUUCAGGUUAAGAACGGACCUCCAGAAUGAAUUAAGUACUUAACCUGAGGUACCACUGUAUAUUGGCUCGAACUUCCUGCAGUUCCCCCUUUUGGCCAGUAGGGGGCAGGGUAAGGGACUACACUACAGGAUUCUGCAUUGUUACCCGCAAUAUGUGGGUGGAGCUUUGGCACUUGUGGCCACACCCAUCUGCAAGGCGAUUGGAUGGCAGAACGGGCGGGGCUUAGGGGAACCAAAGUUCUCAUAUAAUACAUGCUGCUCAGUUGUCAGCCAGCAGUGGGCGGGGCCUGAGCCAGAGGUGGGCGGGGCAAAAGGUUAUAAUUGUAGUAUUUUAUAUUACUAGACUGGUUUCUGCAUAUACUCUCUCCCCAUCCUCUGUCCAGGCAAGCAAGAGGUUUACUCUCCACGAAUUUUCCAAUUUUUAAUUUAUUUUUUUUAAACCUGAAACAUUAAGAUUCUCCCCUUCUUUCUCCUGCAUGUUGUUUGCUCUAAGGCUGUGUCAGUGAGGACUUCGUCCCUUUUUAGUUGCUGAGUAGACCUUAGUUUAAAGGUAAAGGGACCCCUGACCAUUAGGUCUAGUCAUGGCCUACUCUGGGGUUGCGGCGCUCAUCUCGCUUUAUUGGCUGAGGGAGCCGGCGUACAGCUUCCGGGUCAUGUGGCCAGCAUGACUAAGCCGCUUCUGGCGAACCAGAGCAGCGCACGGAAACGCCGUUUACCUUCCCGCCAGAGUGGUACCUAUUUAUCUACUUGCACUUUGAGGCACUUUCGAACUGCUAGGUUGGCAGGAGCAGAGACCGAGCAACGGGAGCUCACUUUGUCGCGCGGAUUCGAACCGUCAACUUUCUGAUCGGCAAGUCCUAGGCUCUGUGGUUUAACCCACAGCGCCACCUGCGUCCCAUACCUUAGUUUAGUCAAUAUUAAAUAAAAUAUAUAAAUAUUAAAAUAUUAAAAAUUUAAUGAAAGUGCUUUAGAGAGAGUGAGUUUUAUUAUUACACCCCUAUCUCAUCUUAUCCUCUAAGGAGUUCAAGGUGGCAUUUAUGGCUCCUCCCACCCUGUUUUACCCUCACAACAACCCUGUGAGGGAGGCCUAGAGGUAGGGACUGGCCCAAGGACACAUUUGGCUGAGUGGACAGUCGAACCCUGGUCUCUUCCAGGCCCUCAUCCACGACCCUAACCACUACGCAACACUGCCUUCUGUUUAAAAGCUUUUCUCGUCUGCCUCCAUUUACAGAUGCAGCUCUAUGUGGAAGAGAGAGCCCAAAAAGGCACCUGA